AUGAGUCCUUCACAAUUUCAUGCCAAGAAAGAAAUCACCCCAAUCUUCACAAAAUCCAACAACAACAACGGUAAUGGAAUGUUACCACCACAUUUGAAAAUCAAUAGAGAUUCUCAUUUCAUCAAAAAAUCAUCUUCAUCGCCACCAUCAUCAUCUUCUUCGUCAUCGUCGACUUCAUCAACGAUGAUCAAUAGCAUGGCAACAUCAAAUAAACCACCUCAACAACAUCGUCACCCUGUAAUAAUCUACACGCAUUCUCCGCGUGUCAUCCACACGGAGCCUAAGGACUUCAUGCAAUUGGUGCAAAAGCUCACCGGACUCACUCGCUCGGAGGAAAAGGUAAAGAAUGACGAGAACAAUAUUGUUUCGUCGUCUCAACACCAACCUCCAAAACAAGAGUCUGGCACGAGCAAUAUGGUGGGAGACAAAGAGAAUGACCAAAAGAAAGUGGUUAUGCAGAGAAACGAGGACAAUGACGUGUCGUCAUCGGUGAUCACGGACGAACACAUUUAUGGAAACAAUAUUGGAGAAAAUCGAGAAAAUCAAUAUUUUAUUGCUACGGAGGCACCAAUGUUUGAGCCUCCGUUUAACCCUUACCUGACAAACUAUUUGGCAUCAAACUCGGCGGAGUUUUUGUACUCGAGCCCGCCGUUAUUGCCGUUAUUGAACUACUCAGAUUCAUUUUUCUCUCACAACAUGACAGCCGGUCUUCCAAACUCUAACACCUUGGAAGGGAUGAAUGAGUUUGGUGACUAUGGAUUAUAG